AUGGCGAGCACGGCAGCUGCUAACAUUCGAGUGUUGUAUGCCACCAACAGAAUCAGGCUUCCGGGCAAGGACGUCCUCGUGUUUGUGCAUGGCUACAGCAACACAUUCACCAGUGCAGUUCAAGGGGCUGCCCGCCUCCAGGUGGACAUUCCUUUCAAGGAAGGUCCUGUGGUGGCCUUCUCUUGGGCUUCCUGGGGCAAGGGUGAGAAGUACAUUGAAGACGGGGUGAUACAAGGAUGGUCCAUCGAACCAUUCCUGAAGCUUCUGGGCCUCUUGAAGGGUGCGGCCAAGAUCCACAUUCUGGCGCACAGCAUGGGCAAUCGGAUCGCUCUGCAGGCUCUGGCAACGCUGGUCAGCUCCUCAGCACCGGUCACCCUGCCUUUCGGCCAGCUGAUUUUUGCAGCUGCAGACGAAGACAGCGAUGUGUUCACACGCAUCAUGACGCACCUCGUUCGAGCAAACCUAGGUGAGGGCAGGACUCUGUAUGCGAGCUGCCAGGAUGGAGCCCUUUGGGCCUCAGCUCGUCUGCACCACGACGACCGGGCGGGGCAAGUGUGGCCAAAGGUGCUUUUGGGGGGAGACAGCCUGCCCUACCAAUCGCGCAGGCCUUACGUCCUUGUCAAUGGACUGGAUACCAUCGAUUGCACAGGUGCUUAA